UUGUUUUCAUUAUCGGUCGUAUUUGGUUUAAGUAAAAGUGGCCAAUACAAUAAUAAUACAUGACGUUCAUAAUGUAGGAUGUCCGCGAUUACGUUUGUAAAAAAGGAUAACUAAAAGUGGAAAAAAAAGCGUGGAUGUUAUAAUUAAUGCAUUUUUUUAUGUUAACUAACAAGUUCUUGUGUUGAAAUGAACGAAAUAGGCGGAGAAAACGAGCCAUUGUUGGUGAACGGUGGUAAAAGUUCGGACUGCUUGAAUAAUUCUCAAAGAGGGACAGAACUUGCCACGAAACAACGUAAGUCGCGUGUUCGGAACUUUUUGGUGUUAGGAGUAAUCGUGGUUAUCUUCAAAGGCAGUGAACAGAUGACGGAAGUUACGUUAAAACAGUUCAUCUACGCGUGGUGCAAAGAAAACCCUGACGUUGCUACCGGAAAUGACAGCGUUAACGUAAACUCUUCAGACUGUACCGCAACUAAGACGGCGUCGCAGCGCCAAGCGUCAACCUGGGAACUGUAUUUAAAUCUUGUGCGAUCGAUUCUAAUAUAUUUUUCCGUGUCUUUUGCAGGAACUCUGUCCGACUAUGUAGGCCGAAAGCCCUUUCUGUAUCUUUCUGUAGCCGGUUAUGCAUUGAGGUCUGGCAUACUUUCAAUCGUAAUAUAUUUCAAUCUCAAUAUAGCUUGGUUGUACCUGGCCAACGUCUUAGACGGGCUUUGCGGUUCUAUUUAUACGAUAACUUUGUUAACGUAUACGUGCGCGGCCGAUAUGACGGACCGGUCACAUGAACGCGUCUUUGGACUCGUCGUCAUGGAAACGUUUUCGGGGCUUGGGUUAAUGUCCACCCAAUAUGGAAACGGAUAUUUAAUACAAAACCUCGGGUUCUUUUACCCGAUGAUCACGUCACUCGGUGGAAUUUUAAUAUCAUUAAUUUUAUCUUAUUUAUUUCUAUUUGAAACAAAUGAUCAAAACCGUAUAAUCGAAGAGGUCAAAAAAAAUAUAACAUUUUCUAAAAGCUUAACAAAACUUCCUGCCUUCAAGACGCUACUGAAGAACUACACAAGCUUCUACGUGCGGGAUCGGACAUCGCACGAAAGGCAAAUAUUUUGGGUGUGCAUCAUAACGUUUCUUUUAACGGAAUUCUGUAUUCAGAGUCGGAGCGACCCACUCACUCUCUACCAGCUGGGGGCGCCCUUUUGUUGGGGACCGACACUCCUGGGUCUGUACAACAUGACCUAUAUAGGUACCACAAUGAUCGUGGCCUGUUUCAUUCUCAAGGCGGUCCAGCGAUGCGUGUCGGAUCCGGUUAUAGCCUGCUUUGGGUUGUUGUCGGCGUUGGCUAAUAUGAUGGUGACUGCAUUGGUCACUUCAAACACAUUAUCUUUCAUUGCCAUCGGUGUCGGCUUCGCAAGCGUCCUUCCAAAACCAAUUCUGCGAGGCAUUGCGUCGUCACGUGCGUCGUCACGUCUCCAAGGGGCUGUGUUUGCGGGUCUGGAGUCGUCCGAGCUGGUCUGCGCCGUAGUCUCUGGUCCGAUCAGUCUGUCCAUCUACUCGGCUACUCUGGAUACAUUCAAGGGCCUUAUAUUUAUCAUCCUGGCCGCUGUGUAUGCACUGGCGUUUCUCUUCAUGGUAUACCUGACCUACCUACUUAAGAAAUUCUCAUUCAAAAAGAAUGAACCCGUCGAAGAUCACGUGACAGUCAAGACGUAGAACCACACUCCUCGACGCGAUAACCUCGAUUUCUGCGUGAAUGUUGGAAUCCAACCGGCGAAAUAACCUCAUGAUUAUAUAAGUUGUCAUUCUAAACAAAUGUUGCUGAUAGAGCUGGGCAUUCUAAUCGGAUUAUUGAUAGUAAAGCGUAAUUGUGAUUCAACUGUUAGUAUUAUGUACUUUCUCUACACGCUGUUCAUUGAAAUAAUUCUUUAUGGAUUAUCCAUCUUGCUUUUAGUGACAACAGAUAAUUAAGAGGCCAACAUAACAAAACAUACUUUUGCUUCCUGCGUUACCCAAACGGCUCAUAACCUACCCACGAUAUAUAUGUUAAGUUGUUGCAUUGUUACCAGAUUUGUUAUGUAGCACUUGAAGGUUUAGGUGACUUGAGAAACCAGAGGUAUGUUUACAUUUUAUAGAUAUUAUCUCACAAGGGGAGAAUGAGAACCAGGUCUCUUUUUAAAAAACUAGAAUAAUCAUUAAUUACUUGGUCAAUAAAAUACGUUUAAAGUUUUACACGUACAUGUACAAAGACAUCGUUUACAUUGUAUUUUUCCUCCAAACGACGUAACGUUUAUGAUUGACGUUGACGUCACUUCCUAUGUUUAAUUUACUUUGAUACUACUGAUGAAGGCUAUGGCCCAAACAUGUUUUGUAUUAUUAAAUAUUAACAAUUAAUAGACAAAAGUUAUGUGUUUGUACGUUUUUUUUUAUUACACGUACCGGUAAAUGUAGAAUUGUGUGUUAGAUAGAGUAAAUAACGUUAAAUAAAGUUAAAGAUGAUUGA